AUGCUUGCAGCGUUGCCGUGGGUGAUGGCAAGGCUGAUGCGCUGGAACAGCCAAGAGCCCUCACGAGCCUCAUCAGUUACCACCUCUGCAAAGCGAGUUGCCAGUGAAGACAGGAAUCUUGCAAUGCUCCAUCAUGACCACAUUGUGAAUUUAAUUGAAGUUUUCAAAAGACGGAAAAGGUUCUACUUAGUAUUUGAAUUCAUUGAUCACACGAUUUUGAAUGAAAUUGAUAAAUUUCCUCACGGCAUCGAUGAGUCGACAGCUCGUAAAAUUCUAUGGCAAGUUUUAAAAGGAAUUGAAUUUUUUCAUGCACAUAAUAUUAUUCAUCGAGAUCUUAAACCAGAAAACAUUCUCAUCAGCCGAGCCGGCAUUGUAAAGGUUUGUGACUUUGGAUUUGCCAGAACCAUUGUUUCUUCAUCUAAAGCCCCUUAUACAGGAUAUGUUGCAACAAGAUGGUACCGAGCACCAGAACUUUUAGUUGGGGACACAAAAUAUGGAAAAGCUAUUGAUAUAUGGGCUGUCGGUUGUCUUGUUGCCGAGAUCUUAUGUGGAGAUCCUCUCUUCCCUGGAGAUUCAGAUUUAGAUCAGAUUUACCAAAUCAUCAGAUGUUUAGGAGACCUGAUUCCUCAACAUAAGGCUUUAUUUGCCAAGAAUCCAUCAUUUUCUUCUGUAAGAAUCCCACAAGUAAAAGAAAAGAAAUCUAUCCGAAAGCGCUUCUCAAAGUUUUCUUCUGAUGCUGUACUCUUUAUUGAGGAAUGUUUAAACUUGGACCCUAACUACAGACCAACGUGUACACAAUUACUUAAAAAAGGGUUUUUUCAAAAAGACAGUUUUUGUUCAAAAUUCCCUCAAGAAAUUCGAGCGAAAAUACAUCGUGAAAAACAUAGCAAAUAUUUACAGAAAGUUCAUCAUAAGUCAAGCGAUAUUGUGAAAUAUGAAGAGAAAAAGAAUAAACAGAAAGAGAAAGAAGCAGGAAAGGAAAAUAACGGAAGAAUUAACAAGAAACCAACUGAAGUAUCAAAAUGGUUCAGCAUAUUUCCUCAUGUGGAACAAGAAAAAAAGUUGACACAUUUAUGGAAUGAAGACAAUGCCAUCUUUAGACCUGACCACUGCACCAUAUCUGAUGCCAUGCCGCCAAUCAGCCAUAAAUAUAUUUCUAAACAAAACAUACAAACAAUACCAAUGGAAAAUCGCCAAUCAGAUGGUAAAAGUUCUUCCAGCCAAAGCCAGCAACGUUUUCAAUUCCUGCAGCACCAUUUCUCCAGUUUUUAUGCAAGAAGUGGUCAGAGCAAAAUACAAGAUAGACUCAGCCAUUUUGAAAAAAAGAAAAUCAAGCUGAAUGAACCUGAAAAAAGAAACAUAUUAAUUUUACCUAAAAUGGAGAGUUAUGAACAGCCCCACAGAUAAAUGUACCAUCGGAUCAUAUAUGGGACGAAAAGGAAAAAAAAAACUGUUUUAGGUCUUUGAGCUGGUCUUCCAAAGGAUAAAAAGAAAUUUCUAAUUUCGCAUUUACUGAGAAAUUCAUUUUGUUUGUCAAAAUGGUAAAUCAGAACCUUAAUUUUGGUUAAAUUGUUAAAGAUACAGAGUUUAUUUCAUCACCUAUUCAUCUUCAGAAAAGGCAGGAAUGACAGAACAUUCAAGAUUCUGUUGGAGAUUCUUCAACCAAUAUCCCUUUCUUCAUUUCUCUCUAUUGAAAAGGCAAGUCAUCUCUACAGAUUUCACAGAACUAAUCAAGUUUCCAUGAAACAGUUUAAAAUCUGCAACAUAAGGAAACUGUGUUGUUGGCAAGAAUUUGUCCAAAAGGGAGUUUCUUAAUGAUUCAUUGCUCAAAGCAAAUUAACUUGCCAAUUUCCUUUCAUGAGUGUCCAAGAAAGAUCAUUAGAAUCUUUUUUGACACGAGAAUUGCACCUGCGUGAAUCAGUAAGCUUCCAGAAGACUGACCAAAAGGUCAUCAAUUUGUUUUCUGUUGUCAUGUAAUAUGCUUCUGGCAAAGAGAUUCCAGUCUUAAUGGCUUUGGUUCAGUAUAAAUGAUACUGCGGUAAGGUGAAGUGAAUUACUCUAAACAACAAAAGUAUAAUAAAUUUUAUUUGAUUCCUAUACUGAACUGAAAUCCUUGUCAUUAUUAUAAAGGAACUCUGUGUGGAACUAUAUGUACAACACAUACAAGUAAAUGUGUGCUUUUACACAUACAA